AUGGGCAGCACCCACCCUUGCCCCAGGCUGCGGCUCCGACCUCGGCCCCAGCCGCGGCCCGCGCUCUGCGCGCUCCUCUUCUUCCUACUGCUGCUGGCUGCCGCCUUGCCCAGGUCUUCACCCAAUGAUAUUCUGGGCCUCCGCCUCCCCCAGGAGCCCGUGCUCAACGCCAACACAGUGUGCCUGACAUUGCCAGGCCUAAGCAAGCGGCAGAUGGAGGUGUGUGUGCGCCACCCUGACGUGGCCGCCUCAGCCAUCCAGGGCAUCCAGAUCGCCAUCCAUGAGUGCCAGCACCAGUUCCGGGACCAGCGCUGGAACUGCUCUAGUCUUGAGACUCGAAACAAGAUCCCCUAUGAGAGUCCCAUCUUCAGCAGAGGUUUCCGAGAGAGUGCCUUCGCCUACGCCAUCUCGGCAGCUGGCGUGGUGCACGCUGUAUCCAACGCCUGCGCCCUGGGCAAGCUGAGGGCCUGUGGCUGCGACGCGUCCCGGCGCGGGGACGAGGAGGCCUUCCGUCGGAAGUUGCACCGCCUGCAGCUGGAAGCGCUGCAGCGCGGUAAGGGCCUGAGCCACGGAGUUCCCGAGCACCCUGCCCUGCCUCCUGCCAGCCCAGGCCUGCAGGACUCCUGGGAGUGGGGCGGCUGCAGCCCCGACGUGGGUUUCGGAGAGCGCUUCUCUAAAGACUUUCUGGACUCCCGGGAGCCUCACAGAGACAUCCAUGCGCGCAUGAGGCUCCACAACAACCGAGUGGGGAGGCAGGCGGUGAUGGAGAAUAUGCGGCGGAAGUGCAAGUGCCACGGCACAUCAGGCAGCUGCCAGCUCAAGACGUGCUGGCAGGUGACGCCGGAGUUCCGCGCUGUAGGGGCACUGCUACGUAGCCGCUUCCACCGCGCCACGCUCAUCCGGCCGCACAACCGCAACGGCGGCCAGCUGGAGCCGGGCCCCGCGGGGCCACCCUCGCCAGCCCCGGACCUUCCGGGGCCACGGCGCCGCGCCGGCACCGCCGACCUGGUCUACUUCGAGAAGUCGCCCGACUUCUGCGAGCGCGAGCCGCGCCUGGACUCGGCAGGCACCGUGGGCCGCCUGUGCAACAAGAGCAGCGCGGGCCCGGACGGCUGCGGCAGCAUGUGCUGUGGCCGCGGCCACAACAUCCUACGCCAGACGCGCAGCGAGCGCUGUCACUGCCGCUUCCACUGGUGCUGCUUCGUGGUCUGCGAGGAGUGCCGCAUCACCGAGUGGGUCAGCGUCUGCAAGUGA